AUGAGUGAGGCAGGUCCUCGAGUGAACGGGCCCGCCAGCCCUACCGGCAAAUACAUCGAUGGCAUUGAUCCAGAUGAUCCUCAAUACAUUAAGAAUCUGCAGCGACCAGCGGAGGUCAAGGAAGACCUUCAGCAGAUGGAAAACAGGUCGCGUGUGUCAGUCAUACUGAACAGCCAAGCAUUUAAAGAUGAGCUGGAGCAGGUUGUGGAGGAGCAGCUGCGGAAUGGCCCCUACCCAGCCAGCCUGAUUGCUUUACAACAAAUCACAGACCUCCUGCUGCCCCAGUCUAAGGGUAGCCUUGGAAGUUUAGCUAGAGCAUCUUCAGUCAUUCCAAUCAAUGAUUUACGGGGAGUGGAGUCAUUAAAUUUUGCUAAGGGAGAGAAGUUGCUGCGAUGUAAAGUGGCUUCCCUCUACCGCCUGGUGGACUUGUGUGGCUGGUCCCAUGGCAUUCAUAACCACAUCAGUGCACGAGUGAGUCCAGAGAGUGAGCAUUUCUUGCUGAACCCCUUCGGUUUGACCUACUCGGAGAUCACAGCCUCGUCUCUGGUGAAAGUUGAUGUCAACGGAGACAUUGUCGAACCUGGCUCCACCUACCUGGGUGUCAACAAGGCAGGAUUCUCAGUUCAUUCAGCCAUUCACCAGGCCAGGCCUGACAUCAAGUGCAUAGUUCAUUUACACACACCAUCUGCUGUUGCUGUGUCUGCGUUGAAGUGUGGGCUGCUGGCUAUGAGUCAGGAAGCCUUGAUAUGUGGAAGUGUCAGUUACCAUGACUUCCAUGGAGUUGCAGUUGAUGCUGAUGAGAGGGAGAGACUGGCUAGAAAUUUAGGUGUUCAUAAUAAAAUUCUGAUUCUGCGCAAUCGUGGUGUGCUAGCUUGUGGUGAGACUGUUGAGGAAGCUUUCCACUUCACAUUUAACGUGAUGGCAGCAUGUGAGACACAGGUUAAGGCCAUGCCUGUAGGUUUGGACAACAUUGUGAUCCCAAGUGCUGCAGCCAGGGAGCAAACACACAAAGUUGCCAAUCAAGGUGGCGGUGGUGUGGAUUCAACUGGCCGGAAAUGGAAAAUAGGAGAGCUGGAGUUUGAAGCUUUGAUGCGAACGCUAGACAAUUCAGGUUUCAGAACCGGGCAUGUAUAUAAAAUGCCAAUAGUGAAACAAGAGAAGAAAGAGAGGUCAAACAGUGAGGUUGAGAUUCCGCCAGCUUCAAGCUCCUUCACGUACAUCUUUGACGGGGACUAUGAGCACUCUAAAUAUGCGUCUCCUGUGAAAGCUGCAAUGGAGAGACAGAAGAAAGCAUACAAAGCAGGCUGGCUGACAACUCCCAAUGCAUACAAGAAGAAAGAACUUGAUGAAAUCGGUACAACUACACCAAAGAAGAUAACCAAGUGGGUGCCUGAGACAGAUUCUCCCAACAGACCAGGCGGAGCAAUUGUGAAAAUUGAAAACCCCAACCAGUUUGCCCCGCAGGGAGAGAAUCCUAAAGAGUUCAAGGAGAAACAGAAGAGUAUCAAGAAAGAUUACUAUGAGGAGAGAAUUACUGCUGGUCCCCAGUCGAAAAUUCUAGAAGGUCUUACCUGGGAUGAAGCUCAAAGGGCAAAGGAUGGCCAGCUGAAUGCGGCUGGUGACCAGUUAAUUGUGGUUGGGGCUGCGUCAAAGGGAAUCAUACAGAGAGACCAUCAACACAAUGCAGUGGUGUAUCGCCAGUACUAUGCAGCCAAUCCGUUUGAGAACAUGUCCGAGGCCGAGAUUGAUGCUUACCAGGCUGAAGUACAACGCAGAGAACGAGGAGAGCUGGAGACCUCAAUUGAAGAGGAGAUUGAGCCUCCUGUGGCAGAAGUGCCCAAAGAAGCCCCCCGAACACAGAGGGCUCCUGAGCCAGAGAUUCAAGAACCAGAAGUGAGAUAUACUAGAGGCCAGGAAUACACCAGCGACACGCCGGUCACCUCUAGACCCAGACAGCCACAAGGCUACUCAGUGCAUGAAGAGAAGAUGUUGGCACAACUGGCUGAGACAGUGGUGCAGUCAGUCAUACAUGAUGCUUUGUCUGCUGCACACCAGGAAGAGCCUGUGACAGUGACUGUGAAACGAUCAGAAUCAACCAAAGACCCCAAGUUUGUUGAGAAGUUGGAGCGGACAAUAGUUGAGAGGUCAAAAUCUGAGCGUCGCCCAAAGG